GAGUUUGACGUGAACCAAUCGAGUCACCUAGUGGUUCAUACUCAUAUGUUUGCUCUUUCACUCACAUUACGUGAUGAAAUAUGAAUGAGGCUUACUGGUAGUAGUGAUGCUCCAGCUGCGAAUCAUUCCAGUCCGCGUUUUGCAGCCGCUGUCAAUGAACCCUCUCCCGUCCGCUCAGCUUUGUUCUACGUGUUCAAGUCGCUCCGCCUACUCUGCCUAUCUGGAUUUUUUUUCAUUGCAUCCAUUUUUGUGCAUUUGAGAAAUCUCCAAGAAUAACCGACCCGGAGGAAAGAGAGAAACGAUAGUAAGACGGGGGAAGGAUCACAAACAAAAAAGCACGGACCGGGCACCAUUGUUCCAGCAUGAGACUAAACCCUUCCUAGAGGAUGGCAACGAUGGGUUAGACAGGAUUUAUCAUGAUUGCAAAAUAAAAGCAAUUGUGUGUAAAGAUGUCUGCUCCACACGGGCCCCGGGGCGGCCCUACUGCUGCUGCUGCUGCUGCUCUGGCUGUGGCUGCUUCAGCGGACAGCGCUAUGGCGGAGAUGCCGGACCUCAGCCACCUCACCGAGGAGGAAAGGAAGAUCAUCAUGGGUGUCAUGGACCGACAGAAAAAGGAGGACGCGAAGGAACAGACGAUGCUCAAGAUCAAAGAAGAACCAAAGCCUCAGCCUGCACAGUGGUUUGCCUUUAGUGGGAUCACUGAGCUGGUAAAUAACGUUCUUCAGCCCCAGGAAAAGUCCAAAAAUGACAAGGAGCCCGAGCCUGACGCGAAAUUGCACCAGCAGUUUGAAUCCUACAAGGACCAGGUGAAGAAGAUGGGCGAGGAGACCAAGCCGGCUCUGGACCAGAAGAGUGAGGCCCCUACCUGUGGGAUUUGCCAUAAAACCAAGUUUGCCGAUGGCUGUGGCCACCUCUGUUCAUAUUGCCAAACUAAAUUCUGUGCUCGGUGUGGCGGCCGGGUGUCUCUGAGGUCAAAUAAGGAGGACAAAGUGGUCAUGUGGGUAUGCAACUUGUGCCGAAAACAACAAGAAAUCCUCACCAAGUCGGGGGCGUGGUUCUACGGGCCGGGCCCUGGGCAGGCGUUUGAGGGCGGGCCGCAGGGUAAGAAGGCCAGGCUGCAGGAUCCGUCCCUCUACCCCUACCACCAGGGAGCUCCAGGGGACACCUCCACGUUACCGGCGUCCCAAAGGGGCCGACCCCGCGGAGGGCUCCUGCCUCGGCAGUCCUCCCUCGACAACGGAACCACGUCGAGGUACUCCGGGUCGGGCGACCUGCUCAUCGACAGCCCGGAAUAUCAGAUCCUGUUCAACCCCGGGGUCAGAACCCAGCAAGUGGUCUGGCAUUUACCAGAUGUCCGGUCCUCUCAGCCGGGGCUCUGUGCCCACACCAAAUGUUGCUUCCUGACGGGCGCAGAGGCGUUUUGGCCUGCGCACACGCGCCCAAGUCCUCCUUCUCUCAAGUCUUUUGUCAUUUUCAUGUUUCCUUUGUUUUAUUUACACCUCUGCAUGUCUUUUCUGUUUUUUCUUUCUAUUUUUUUGUUUUAUCCCACACCUGUAGGGGACAGUCAAAGGGGAAAAAGACAAACUAUUGAGCAGACAUAUAUGUCCGAGCCGACACACACCUUAUCUGAGAGACAAAAGAAAAUGGUGCGGUUUGGGGGAAACUCAUUUGAAGAGGACUUGGCAUGGUGCGAGCCCCAGGUUAAAGACUCUGGAGUUGAUACGUGCAGUAGCACUACCCUAAACGAGGAGCAUAGCCAUAGUGAGAAGCACCCAGUGACAUGGCAGGCUUCCAAAGAUGAGGAUCGCCUGAUAGGACGCAUUCUGCUCAACAAGCGCAUGAAGGACGGGAGUGUGCCCCGAGACUCGGGGGCCCUGCUGGGACUCAAGGUGGUGGGGGGAAAGAUGACAGAAUCUGGGAGACUCUGUGCUUUCAUCACCAAAGUGAGGAAAGGGAGUCUAGCGGACACGGUCGGGCACCUGAGACCAGGUGACCAGGUGCUGGAAUGGAACGGGACACUUUUACAAGGAGCCACAUUUAAAGAAGUUUACAAUAUCAUUCUGGAAUCCAAGCCUGAGGCCCAGGUGGAGCUGGUGGUGUCCAGGCCAAUAGGCGAUAUUCCGAGGAUACCGGACAGCACACACGCACAACAGGAAUCAAGUUCAAGCUCUUUUGAGUCUCAGAAGAUGGACCGUCCCUCCAUCUCCGUCACGUCCCCCAUGAGUCCCAGCAUGCUGAGGGAUGCUCCUCAGUACCUUUCAGGACAGCUCUCAAGCCAAAGCCUUAGUAGAAGAACAGCGCCUUUCCCCCCUAGGGUUCAGGUCAAACUGUGGUAUGACAAGGUGGGCCAUCAGCUCAUUGUCACCAUCCUCGGCGCCAAGGACCUGCCAUCCAGGGAAGAUGGCCGACCCAGGAACCCUUACGUCAAAAUCUACUUCCUGCCUGACAGAAGUGACAAAAGCAAGAGGAGAACAAAAACGGUAAAGAAAUCCUUAGAGCCCAAAUGGAACCAGACCUUUAUGUACUCCCCCGUGCACCGGCGGGAGUUCCGCGAGCGCAUGUUGGAGAUCACGCUGUGGGACCAGGCCCGGGUCCGGGAAGAGGAGAGCGAGUUCUUGGGAGAGAUCCUGAUCGAGCUGGAGACAGCACUGCUGGACGACGAGCCCCACUGGUACAAGCUCCAGACCCACGACGUCUCCUCGCUGCCCCUGCCCCGUGCCUCCCCCAACACCCAGCGCAGGCAGCUCCACGGGGAGAGCCCCACGCGCCGGCUACAGAAUAAAGGCCCGUACAACUCAGGAUCUCAGAGGAUCAGCGACAGCGAGAUCUCCGACUACGACUGUGAAGAGGGAGUCGGCGUAAUCACGGACUACCGAUCGAAUGGCCGGGACUUCCAGAGCUCCACGCUGUCGGUACCUGACCAGGUGAUGUCGUCCAACCACUGUUCCAGGUCGUCCGACAUCAACCGGGCACGCUCGCGCUCUCCAAGCGUCCCCCCUCCCUCUAGCCGUAACCACGAACACCACCCACCCCUCCACCGCCAGCACCACCGCGUCGCCCCCCUCUGCCGCGAGGAGGCGGUCCGGUUGCUCCGCUCCACUCGGAUGGCCCGCACCCACUCUGAGGGUGCCUACUCCUCUGACGGGGACCACGAGAGGGCCAGCGCUGCUCCCAGGCCCCACAUGGACACCAACCGCAACUGCAGGGAGCCACGAGCCGCCGAUAGACACGAAUACCCCGCGCGGUCCCGCUCGGCGGACCAGCGGCCCACAAUAGGCCCCGCGUCACGGUCCCGCUCCACCGAACGCCCCACGUCCUCGUCGCACAUGAGGUCCAUGCCGUCCCUGCCGUCCGGGAGGUCCGCCCCUCCUUCGCCUGCCUCCACCAGGUGUAGCUCACCCCGGAGUGGUUCCGUACAGACCAGCCCCACCAGUACCCCCAUGUAGCGACGAGGUCGGCAACUACCACAACUUCCACCCCAGGAAAGGAUCGAAAUCUCUCUUUCCUUGAACACGGACUCACCCAGUUGGACGAACUCAGGUGUGGACAUGCAGGAGAGGACCAGGCUGAUGAAGCUGAACAUGAACAAGUACAAGCAUGGCGCAGGCUCCGACUCCAGACUGGAGCAAGACUACAACAAGCGAUCAGGACGAGAUCCCCGGGGCUCGGACAACCUGUCGGCCAAAUCUUCGGACAGCGAUGUGAGCGACGUGUCGGGUGCGUCGAGAACCAGUAGCGUCUCUCGGUUCAGCGGCACUAGCUACAUGUCUGUCCAAUCAGAGAGGCCGCAGGGAAACCGCAAGAUCCGCGCGUUGCAAUCAUCAAGGAGUCUGUCUCAGGAAGGGGAAGGGGAGGGGGAGGGGGAGGUUGGGGAACAGUUAGGGGAAGUGGGGGAGAACAAGGAGAAGAAGCCAGGGCAGGAACCGGGAACGGGAACAGGAACAGGAACAGGGGUAGGGGCUGAGAAAAGUGGAGGGGGUAGCAAAGGGGAAAAACCCAAGAACACAGCGAAGGGAGACAGGGUGAAGGAGAAGAAGGAGGACUUGGCGGAAAACCAAGAGGACUUCUACCAGAGGAGUAUCUCCGAGACCGACCUCAGACGGGCCCCGCGGGCCGGCGCCAACGUCAUCACCAAGAGCACCAGCGUGAGCGGCGACAUGUGCAACCUGGAGAAGACGGACGGCAGCCAGUCGGACACCGGCGUGGGCACGGUAGGCACCGAGGAGAAGAAGCGGCGCUCCAGCAUCGGCGCCAAAACAGGCAUCGUCGGCAUGUCGCGCAAGAGCCGCAGCACCUCCCAGCUCAGCCAAACAGCUCUUUACCAGCAGCAACUGCCGUUUGAAGAGAGUCCGGGAGGCAAGGUUUUACAGAUCAUCGUAUGGGGGGACUAUGGACGCAUGGACCAUAAAUCCUUCAUGGGAGCGGUUCAGAUACUGUUAGACGAGCUGGACCUGUCCAACAUGGUGAUUGGCUGGUUCAAGCUCUUUCCCCCUUCCUCAUUGGUGGACCCUACACUGGCCCCCCUAACGAGGAGAGCGUCUCAAUCGUCACUGGACAGUUUCUCGCGGUCAUAGCAGUGAGCGGACUGGUAGCGUUGUUGUAGCAGCCAGUGUUGAAGUACAGGCCGCGUCUCGCCCCCCGGUUACACUGCAUGCUUGAUGUUGUGUCUUCUGAGCCUGUUGCUAGGGGUGUGAACAUGACCCUGUGUUUUGAGCAAAAAAAUAAUAAUUAAAGAGGUCGCGCACACGACAGGGCGCAGGGCAACGCGCCGCCUGGGGGCCAGACUCGCCAGGUGGCCGUCGUGGUCGUGGGUUUUUUGGAGGAAGCCGGAAUGAACUCCUUAGCACGAGGAAUCCGCCAGGUUCCGGGUUUUCAUCCAGUUCCAAGCCAUGAGGGAUGG